UAUUGAUAUAAAAAUCUCGGCCAACAGAUGGCGCGGUGAAAAUGGGAUUUACGUGAUCCGACGGUGGAAAAAUUGUUCGGCUUUUACGAUUAAAAAACAAAAUGAGUACAGUAGCCUUACAAACAAUAUUAUUUAUUUUGGGUUUAUAUUGCGUUGUUUUCAUUCAAGGAAAUAGAGUGUCCGAAUUAAGCGAUAGAUUCUUGGAAUUAAGGAAUGAAGGUGUUUGGCUAGUAAUGUUUUAUGCACCAUGGUGUGGACAUUGCAAAAAUCUUGAACCAAUUUGGAAUCAGGUUGCUCAAUCACUAGUCGAUCUAGAAAUUCGAGUUGGAAGAGUUGACUGUACACGUUUUACUAAUGUUGCAACAGAAUUUGGAGUUCAUGGUUUUCCUACAAUAUUAUUUAUAAAAGGUCAUAAAACAGUUGAAUAUAAAGGAGAUAGAGUCAGAGAAGAAAUUGUUGAGUUUGCUUGGAGAAUGGAUGGUCCACCAGUACGUCAUUUCCCAAGCUGUGAUGAAUUUCAUAAUGCCAGAAAUAAUAAAAAAGUUUUCUUUCUGUAUGUUGAUGGAAAUAAUUUAGAUCAAAAUGUGGCAUUAAAGGAUGAAUAUACUAGAAUAGCAGAAGAAUUUCAACCUUUGAUAUAUUUCUAUACUGCUCCAACAUUUUGCCUCUCUCGAAUCAAUGGAUUUAAAAUACCAACUAAAGCAUCUGUUUAUGUUUUUAAAGAUAAAACAAGUUUUAAAUUUGAUGAAGAAGAAGGAAGUCUUAAAAAUAUUACACUUCGUGCGUGGAUAAAUUGGGAACGUUUCCCAGCAUUUUUAAAAAUAACCCAUGGUAAUUUUUAUCAAUUACUAAAAACUGGAAAAAAUAUUGCUAUUGCUGUUCUUGAAGAAAAUCUGAUUGGUGGACUCUCAAUGAAAAUGAGAGAAUUUAAAGAUGUAGUAGAAGCAAUAGCAACAACUAAUCGAGACAGAUAUCAUGAGCACAUUAUUUUUGGAUGGCUGGGUCAACCCGAUCUAGCAAACUCAGUAGCUAUGAUGUCUCUUUCUGUUCCCAAUUUUAUAAUAAUAAAUUCAGUUACUUACCAAUAUUACAUGCCUCCUGUAAUAGAAGAUGAAAAAGUUCCUUCACCUCAAACUAUGAUUGCACUUUUGGAUCAAGUAAUUAAUAAAUCAGCACCAGCUUAUGGUGGUGACACAAUGUUUUAUCGUCUGUAUAGAGCAUAUUUUGAGGCAAAAACUUCAUUAAUGAGCAUGUGGAAAGGCAAUCCAUUACUAACAACUUUAUUAUUGGGUCUACCACUUGGCCUACUUAGCAUUAUUUGCUAUACCUCUUGCUGCAGUGAUAUCUUGGAAGCAGAAGAUGAAGAACCACCAUAUGCUCAAAGUCAUGAAAAGAAAGAAUAAAUUUUUAUUUUCCAAAAGAACACUGUUUUUACCUGGGAUCCAUCCAAGAUUUUGAACUUGUUGAAGAAGCCCACUGAGUAUAUUUUAAAGUGCAGUUAGGUUUAUUUAUAUUUAAAACAUACUUAUUAUACUAGAAAGUAUGUCAUUCAUUUCUUGUUAAUACAGUAUUAUUGGUUGAAGCACUGAUCUGUAUAUUUUGUAUUAUUUUAUGUAUAUUUAAAAUGCUGAACCUUUUUAUUUAUA